CGGGUUCCACAUCACAAAAGACACCAAGAGAGUCCUCAAAAGCCAGAACGAGGGAUCCCUCACCCGAGGAACCGUGGAGAAGAAACGAGGCCAGGUGGUUGAAGGUAGAAAAUAUUGUAAGGGAAAAGAUGGAACAAUUUGAUCAUUAUUAUACACAGCUAGUGUCACACAAUGAGGUCACACGUGCAGAAAACGAGAGGAACUCCCAUCAACUGUACAACAAACUCUGGCUGGAGGAGGAAAAGAGAAGAAAAGCGGUUGUUCAGGGCUCUACGUAUGACAGAAUUUGGAGGCACCACGCCUUGAUGAGACAGAGGGGAGAGGAUGAAUGGCGGAGAAAAAUGGAGAGAAACAGUCAACUGCAAUAUGACUCUGUUGAUGUGUCUUUUGACGAAGAGGCUCUCAAGUGAUUGGAGUGAAUCAAUUAUUUUCAGUACACUUCAAAUUCCCAAGAUAAGACAGAGAAAGAAAAAGAAGAAUCAAUUCCUUUUUAUCAAAUACAUGUAAAAUGUCUUAAACCUGCCUUUUUAUUAUCAUUUAUUAUUUGAUAUAUUAUAAUUGUUAAAUCUUAGUACAUGUACAUUGUAUUUACAUGUACUCCGCUUUUUAUUGCUAC